CGCCUGAGGCGGGUGGGAGUCGGGAGGACGGGAUGGGAAUCUUGGGACAAGCAAGAUUGCGACAUUCCCCUCUCCAUUAGGGGUGAGGCAGCUGUCGCAAUCCUCCCCCACAAACAAAUGCCUUCAAAACAACAUUAACUGCUAUUAUCUUCACUUUACGGAUGAGACAAGGGAGGCACUGAGAGGUUCCCAGACUUUUAACAGCUGGUACCAGAGAAUGUCAGUUACACUCCAGACCUGCUCAGCUCCCCCAGACUGCUGUAUGUGCCUGAGAGCUUCAUGUCCCCAAAUGGUAAAUUGAGGCCCACGGAGAAGUGAGGACUGAACUACCACUUGCGAGCUGGGAGCUACUGGGAAAAAUCAUGGAACCGCCGUGUGCCUCAGUUCCCUCAUUUCCCACUAUCAAAUGGACAUGACACUGGCCACCGCCGUUGUUCAGCUCUACCUGGCACUGCCUCCCGGAGCAGAGCACUGGACCAAGGAGCAUUGUGGGGCUGUGUGCUUCGUGAAGGAUAACCCCCAGAAGUCCUACUUCAUCCGUCUUUACGGCCUUCAGGCUGGCCAGCUGCUCUGGGAACAGGAACUGUACUCACAGUUGGUCUACUCCACUCCCACCCCCUACUUCCACACUUUUGCUGGAGAUGACUGCCAAGCAGGGCUGAACUUUGCAGACGAGGGCGAGGCCCAGGCCUUCCGGGCCCUGGUGCAGGAGAAGAUACAAAAAAGGAAUCAGAGGCAAAGUGGAGAUAGACGCCAGCUACCCCCACCACCAGCACCAGCCAAUGAAGAGAGAAGAGGGCCCCCACCCCUGCCUCCGCACCCAGGUGGAGACCAAGGGGGCCCAGCAGCUGGCCCCCUCUCCCUGGGGCUAGUAACAGUGGACAUCCAAAACCCGGACAUCACAAGUUCACGAUACCGUGGGCUCCCAGCACCUGGGCCUGGCCCAGCUGAUAAGAAACGCUCAGGGAAGAAAAAGAUCAGCAAAGCUGAUAUUGGUGCACCCAGUGGAUUCAAACAUGUCAGCCACGUGGGGUGGGACCCCCAGAAUGGAUUUGACGUAAACAACCUGGACCCGGAUCUGCGGAGUCUGUUCUCCAGGGCAGGAAUCAGUGAGGCCCAGCUCACAGAUGCUGAGACCUCCAAGCUUAUCUACGAUUUCAUUGAGGACCAGGGUGGGCUGGAGGCUGUGCGGCAGGAGAUGAGGCGCCAGGAGCCACUUCCACCGCCCCCACCGCCAUCCCGAGGAGGAAACCAGCCCCCCCGGCCCCCUACUAUUGGGAGCAACAAGGGUCGUUCUGGUCCACUGCCCCCUGUACCUCUGGGAGGUGCUCCACCCCCGCCAACUCCCCGGGGACCCCCACCCCCAGGCCGAGGGGGCCCUCCACCACCACCCCCUCCAGCCACUGGACGUUCUGGACCACCGCCCCCUCCGCCCUCUGGACCUGGAGGGACUCCUGUGCCUCCACCACCACCACCACCACCACCACCACCACCCAGCUCUGAUGAUGGGCCAGUCCCUCCCCCUCCUCCUGCUCUGGGGCCUGUGGGGGGCCUGGCCCCCAGUGGAGGUCGGGGGGCACUUUUGGAUCAAAUCCGGCAGGGAAUUCAGCUGAACAAGACCCCUGGGGCCCCAGAGAGCUCAGCACUGCAGCCUCCACCUCCGAGAUCGGAAGGGUUGGUGGGAGCCCUGAUGCACGUGAUGCAGAAGAGAAGCAGAGCCAUCCACUCCUCAGACGAAGGGGAGGACCAGGCCGGUGAUGAGGAUGAGGACGAUGAGUGGGAUGACUGAGUCACCCUGCCCACCUGUUCUGCGCCUCCUCCCCUGGCAGCCGCUGUUUCCUGCCCUCCACUCCUGGCCUCCAGGCCCUCAAGCCCCAUUUCUCCCCCACCAACCCUUCCAAUGCUGUCAUCUCUGACUGAUCCCCAACAUUCACACUAGCAAAUUGCCAGGGCCCCUUUUUAUAUAAAAUUUCUAGUUCUCCUCACAUAAGGAUUUUUAAACAGAAAUAAAAUAACUGUCUUUUUGUUUCUCUCAA